CUCACGCAAGCCGGUUGUCUGUCAUACCCGGUUUGUGGACAUCAGUGUUGUGUAGUGUUUUGUUUUAUGGAUUGUCUCGCAAUGGAAGAUAAGGCGUACAGUGUUGACAGUUCAGACGAUAUUAAUAUCGAGGAAGACGAAGAAGAAAUUAUCGAGGAUAACCACAGUGAGUGCUAUCCGCCAGAUUUUCCGAUCGAAGCGCUUGUGAAGUUAGAGAGGCCGUCUCCACCUUUGCCGACGCCGCCGCACACGCCGACAGACGACACACCACCCGCUGUGAUUGUAUCUAGACACCAGGCGUGGCCCGCGCCCCAGUACCCCAACUACAGAGCAAUGCAGGCCCCAUACUCCUACGACAAAGUCCCAUAUAAUUAUCCAACACCUUACGUCCAACCACAAGUCGCCACCUUACCACCUUCCGCUCCCUACCACGCAAUGCUGGUCAACCAGUGGAUAAGAAAUGCUGCCUUAUACCAUCAUACUCUACGAUACCCGUCUAUGGCGCAAAGAAUGCCCGGAAGAAACCCUGCACCAAUGAGAGGACCAGGAGUCGCAGGAACGAGACCAAAGAAGCAAUUUAUUUGCAAAUACUGCAACCGGCAGUUCACAAAGUCAUACAACUUGUUAAUUCACGAAAGAACACACACGGAUGAAAGGCCCUACUCGUGCGAUAUCUGCGGGAAAGCUUUCAGAAGACAAGAUCAUCUUAGAGACCACAGGUACAUUCAUUCGAAAGAAAAACCAUUCAAAUGUACGGAGUGCGGCAAAGGGUUUUGUCAGUCACGAACGUUGGCGGUUCACAAGAUUCUGCAUAUGGAGGAGUCACCCCACAAGUGUCCCGUAUGCAACAAAAGUUUUAACCAAAGGUCGAAUUUGAAGACGCAUCUCUUAACUCAUAGUGAAGCGAACAAGCAUCAUAUAGAACACCUCGAGGGGUGUCAGGAAGUGUCAUCUACAAGUCAGGCGUCAGAGAGUCCCUUAUUGGAUCUGUCUCACAAGCCAUCGCCUCCGCCCCAAGCGUACCCUAUACAUGUGUCACAAGCAUCACCACUAGAGCCGCCGAAGAGGCCUCUGGGUUUUUCAAUAGAAGAUAUAAUGAAGCGCUAAACCCGUGUAGUACAAACCAAUCCUGGGUACCUAACCUACCAAAGUGAUCACUUAUAGUAUUAUAAUUUCAGUAUUAUUUGAUUUAAUUAACGGUACUCAUCAUUUAUCUUUCAUCUAAGUUUGAUCUUUACUAAAGACUGAUUGUUUAUAAUUAUUGUUAUGUUUCUAAGAUGUUUAUUUAUUGUGAUAGGUGGAUAACUAAAGUUACCAAAAAUAUUACCGUUAGAUUACCGGACUUGUAAAUGACUAUAGUAUUAACGUUCCUUUGUAAAUAGUGUUUAAGUUAA